CCCAGGACUGUCAGUGUACGUUUGACAGUCGAGGAGGGAGUGUGCUGGCCCGGCCGCGGCGUCCAGGGGCGCUUCAUUACUUUACCAGUGUGUGUGUUGCGUGCGCGUGCAGGCUGCAACUUGCUCUAGAGUUGUGACACCAAGUGAGAAAACCUCGACCCAGCCGGCAUAGACAGUGAGGAUUACACUGGAGUGACCCCCCAGCAGGACAACAUCCACAACUUGUCCUGCAGGAAACAUGGAAGAGAGCGGGAUGAGUGUGGUGUCGGCGGCCAAGCGGGUGGUGCGGUGGUGCCCCACGCGGGCCCUCAGACGGGGCCUCUACUUCCUCCUCCUCUGGUGCUCUCUCUGCUACCUCGUCUUCAGGUUCUCUGGGCAAGAGGAGUCUGGAUUUAGCCGGGGAGGGACGAUGACUGGCCGCCUCCUGCUGCAGAAGAUAGUGGAGACCCGCGCACCGCCUCUCUCCACAACAGAGACGACUUCAAAUGCUACUACGGAAUUCAAUCCCUUCGAGCUGGAGCCAUCCGUCGACAAGUCUCCAUCGCUAUCGGAUCAAGACUUGGCGGAGCUGAUCCAAGCCAAAAUCCCCAACCUGCCAGUUCGGUACUGGCAGAAGUAUAAAGGAAAAGUUCUCUCCAAAAACAAAACGUGUGCAAAGUUCCCUUCCCUCUAUGAUAUAAGCUUCAAUAACGUGUAUUGGCAGACACUGAAAACUAGCAAUGGGACUUUUCAUCUGUUUGGUUCCUAUUAUGAUAACAGAACUUUGGUGGCCAUGAAACCGGUGAUACGCACUUUAGGUAUGAUUGAUCGUUUGGACCCCAAGGUCAAGACCUACUGCCAGCUGUGGUUUGACGGACAUAAGGAACCAGUAUUUUCCAAAGUUUGGGAAUAUAAAUAUAUUUGGUAUAAGAAGUGGGGUAAUUAUAAGAACGGGUUGAUGCAGCCGUACAUGAUAGGAUGCCAAGUACCACCCGGCUACCGUCACCUGGUGCCAGAGUCGGUCUCCAUCGUAGAGCGGCCGUGCGACAUGGCCACUACCAAUCUCAGGGUUAUAAACAACCGACCCAAAGGGGGACAAAAAGAAAACUUUGCCGUUUGUGUGAAAGGGUUAGAUUUUCUACAUGAUGAUUUGAGCGUGAGAUUGGUGGAGUGGUUAGAGAUGCUCUUCAUUCUAGGUGCAAACAAAGUAUUUCUGUAUGAACUUGAAGUGCACCCUAAUAUAUCUAAGAUAUUAAGGCAUUAUGAAGAACAAGGGCGCGUAGAAGUAACCAAACUGACGUUGCCGGGCGAACAGCCAAACAUUCCCGGACUCCUUCACAUGUACUUAAAGUCUAAGGUCACUAACAAGCGCCAGAACGAACUCAUCCCCUAUAAUGACUGUCUUUACAAAAAUAUGUACCGUUACAAAUAUAUUGCGUUACUUGACACAGAUGAAGUCAUCAUGCCUAAAAGUUCUAUGUCCUGGAAGAGCCUGAUGGAAACUGUUGUACCCAAGGCGCUCAAGACCAAGAAAGAUCCCAGAGCUUCAUAUAAUGUGCGUAACGUCUACUUCAUGGACACUAUGCGACAUUCUCACGGAUGGUUCCGAGAGAUCCCUCAUUACAUGCACAUGUUGCAGCACGUUUAUCGUUCUCAUAACUACACGAAACCUGGGCAAUAUGUUAAGUGCUUCCACGACCCCGAGCGAGUACUAACCCUCCAUAACCACUUUCCGCUAUCUUGUCUUGGUGGAAGUUGCUCAUCGUACGCGAUAGACACCGAAGACGCACACUUACAGCACUACCGUGCAGACUGUGUAACCACUCUGAAGAAAUCGUGUUCUCAAGAAUACAAGAACCGCACCAUCUUGGAUACCACAAUUUGGAGGUACCGCGAGCCACUGGUGGCACGUGUCACUGAAACACUCAUGCAUCUUGGGUUUUUCAAUCCUGGUACAUCAUUGAGAUCGACUGACCCUCCUGCCUCUGCAGUCAGGAGAAAGUGAUCAUAAUAUCUUUAGUGUCAUCUAUGUGCCUUAUCUGGUGUACUCUCACCUGUGGUCUAGUCCCGUCCACUAGCCACUCCAUACGUGCCCUCAUAAUGCAGAUAAUUCUGCUUUAUUCGAACAAGAAUGGAAUAACCCCUUUGUGCUGCAAGGGACAUGUGGGAGACUUGUCAAGUGGCCGGUGGUGGGCGAUGCUCAAUAGGGGUGUCAACGUCCCAACAUAGUUUAGAGGUAAUCCCUAUUCCUUGGACUGUUUCUCACCCGAGAUAAACAAUUUGUUUUUACAAGUAUUGGUUGCAAUGUGCAAUGCACAUUAAUGGUGCAGUUCUGAUCUGUCCAAUGUAUGUCAACAACGUCAUACAUGCUACUGGAUACAUGUUUUCAUCAAUCGGUACAAGAAUAAUCUCGUGUUUUACAAACUUCCAUUUGCAAUGGUGGGUGGCUUGAUGAGAUUAACCACACAGGAAGGGAUUGCCUCUUAUUUAGUGGAAUGAAGGUCCAACUGUGAUUUCUAUAAGAUACCAUAUCAUGCCAUGUAAAUAUCAUUUCAUUUAUCUGUCAGAUUAUCACUUACUGUUGCUUCUACCCAAUAGGCAAAACAAGAGGAGACUGCCGUUAAUACGUGUGAUUUAUGAUACCUUGCUGCAGUAUUGCAACACUUGAUGCUGUUCUUUGCUAGUGAAGUGCAGUGUGCCUCACAGAUAUUAAACAAUACUGGGCAUUGUAUGUUCACGUUUUAAAAAGUUAAUUAAUUGUAAGCAUUUUUAAAUGAUUGAUUAGGAAAGUGAGAGAGAGACAGGUGUGUUUUAAAAAGUUCACUAUUUUUAAGCAUUUCAAAUGAUUGAUUAGAAAAGUGGGAGAGAGACGGGUGUGUUGUGUAUUCACACUGGAGUUUUGUGGUAAUUGUGCAGGUUUAAUUGUAAAUAGAAGUCAUGCUUAACAAAUGGAGCAGACUCGGACAAAAUAUUUAAUAAUUACUGUUUAAGUUUAUAUAUUGAUGGCAUUUAAGACCAUUACAUUGCUGGAAGAAAUACAAGACAUACUUUGAGAAAUUGAAAUACUGUACUUAAUAAAUGGCGAGAUGGAACAUGGAUUCAGACUGUCUAAAUGGAGAUAUAAGAAUAGAUCCCAAACAAUUAAAAAAGUUACAAGAAUGUAGCAAGCAGUAUGAGGAAAGUUAAGUGACAAGACAGUUCAGGAAAGACAUGUAUGUGGGCACAGGUCCCUUAUUGUGGAAAGUGUUUCACUCGCUAAAGCUUUCUAAUAUAUGACACGUUAUCCACAAUUAAGCUGUUGCAUGGUGUUUGUUCUCACAAUCAACAGUUUGGCUUACAACCACAGGGAUGAGAAUGCAACUCUACAAACGUUGCAAAUAAAAAUAAUCGAAUUUAAUACAUUUUGUUUGCAAACAGCAAAUAACUAUAUUGACUUUGUCAUAUGUGGUGAGAGUUCAUACAUCAAGCUGUCAGUACUCCACAGCACACAGGGAGGAGGCACAUGAUAUUGGUGUGAACAGUAUAGAUUUGACAAAGCCCCUUUGGUAAUGUGUGCAAAUCUCUACCCAAUACGGUCUCACUUUUCGGUGUCGCCGUAUUUACAUGUCAGAGUGCAUUAUGUGCCUCGUCUCGCAUUUAAAGUGAAGAUCGAUUUAAGUUGUCAGAACAGCAUAAAAAUGAUUUUCAGGAGAGUUGGGGUUAAAUGCAUACAAUCGAAAAGACAAUGCGAAGCAUACAAAUUUGACAAAAUAUUGGAACAGGGUUGGUUGUUAUUUAAGGAGUGUAAGAGUGAGAAUUAAUAUGACUAAAGCAUAAGGAAUGUACGCAAGAUAAGGUGUUAACAGGCAAAGUCAGUAGAGUACUAAUAAGUAAUAAUAAGGCGAGUGUUAAUAAGCCACAAUAAUGGAUGAAAUAUGAUAGGAAGUUUGAGUACGAACUUGAUAGAAACUUCGUACUAUCAAGUACUUGUUUGAACUUGGUCUUAUUUCGCUUAUAAUGUGACGUAGUCUUGCCUUUUUCAUAAUUACCGUUGCUAUUACUAACGGCGCAUGUUAACACCUCGUUACAUCCAUUCUUUUCUUAGGCUUUUGUUACAUAAAUUUUUCGGUGAAGUUGCUAAAGAAUAAAUAGAGGAAACGGCAUAUACUAUCCUGCUAGAUAAGAUUGCCUCAGGCUUGUCCACCAUUUUAUUAUUAUUAUUAUUAUUAUUAUUAUUAUUAUUAUUAUAUAUUAUAUUACAAAAAGUUUUCGCAAAGAAAAAUAUCAAAACCCUAAUUGGGAUUCAAGUGCACCUUUUUUCUCUUUUUAUAAGCACUUAUGCAGUUGGCGAAUUACAAGUCUGAUUUUGUUUAAAGUGUGUUUUUAUCUGUUAGAUAUUAUGACAGUAUUAAAUCAAUAUCGGCAAAAAUGACUCUAGGGAAAAUAUGAACAUUGUAAGAUGUUUUAAAGCUCAACUUGCUGUAAAGUUAGAGAUUGUUCCACUUUAUAAAGAUAGUGAAUUACAGUCUCCAGAUCACCAUCUCGCACUCUACAGUAUUUUCUGGACUUUUUGGCUUUGGUAUUUCUCCACUCAUGCAUUAUGUUCAUAUUUAACGUUGAUAUACUUACAGGUGUUAGGAUAUAUGCAUAUGUGCACAACUUUUGUAACUACAAUUUUAUAUGCCAGUGCUGCUGCAUAUAUUUCAACUUGGUGAAACAUCAUUUGCUCUGUAUAUCAAGGAUGAGUCUUAUGUUGUCUUCAUAUGUUUCAUUCCUUUGUAUAUGUUUCCCUUUCAUUUCGAACGCUAUUUAUAAUUUUGUUGGUUAUUGUUAUAUUCGUCCAUUCAUUCCUACUAAAUGCCAGCUCUUGUACAUUAGGAAAAGUUUGCAGCUUUGCAUCCCAUGUAAUCCUUUGUUAUGAAGUAGCAUAGUGCACACACACACUUCACAAGUGUUACUGUUGGAAUUUAUACAUUAUACAAGAUCAAACUUGAGGUUUGUGUCUGCUUUCAUUGCCACUUCACUAAACUGUCCAAGACACCUUAUGGGCAGAGAAAGUCGAACAGUAUUUUGUAUUCCUCAUGCGAAUACUUUGAAAUACUGUCCUUUCAAUAAAGUUUUCAAACUUCCGCUAUAUCAUGUUUUUAUUUAAAGGUAUAGCUUUCAAGUAAACUUGCUAAGCCGAAAUUCUUUAAGCAAAGGUAUUUUUUUUAAGGUUAGCAAAAUGACCAAGUAAACUCAAGUAUGUAUGACCUUCGUUGUAUGUAAACAGAGGUGCCUGGGUGUUAAACUUGCAACUGUUCCUCUCUACAGUUUCAACAGUUCUAAAAUAAGUCAUUGUCAAACGUUUAAGUAAAGUUUGCUCUUGAUUCGUGUGUAUGACUGGCAGAGAGUCGAGAAAUAUUUCUGGAGAUCUCAUCAAUACCUGAAUCAUGUGUACUGUAUAUACAUAACUGUCAUGAUCAUAAUGAGUGCCAUUAUCAUUGCCUAUCUUAUACAUUAGAGCCAAAGUAAAAAGUUUUGUAUUGAACAUUGAAUAAAACUGUCAUGGUAUUAUUUAGUCAA